ACGCGCUAGAAUCUUGCAUGGACAUGUGAGAUUGCGUUCACCUCCCCCCUCCCCUUUGUGCCACCACCUGGACAAGAGACGGGACUGACGGGCUGCUGAGUCGAUACUCGCCGGCACAGGGCUUCAUGACGAUACCGCAGAAGCAAACGCUGGGACGCAGCCACAGCCACAGCCACCACCACCACCACGACACUCGACGCGCAUCCGAGAAAUGGACGGCGAUCCCGCCGUCGAGCCUGAAAUCGAUGGCUUCACGCGCAUCCUGCCAUUGCCAUAUCGCGUGGCCAUUAUCAUCGUCCUCGGAAUCUGGGCCUGGGGCCUCAACCUCCACUACCUGAGCCUGAUCAAAAUCGACGUGCCGUCGCUGAUCCGGUAUCCGUCGCGCGCCUCUCCACACCACCCGCCGCACCACCUGUCGUGCUACCGCAUCGCCGCCUUUCUCUCGCUGCCCCUCGCCUUCUCGCUGUUCCUCUUCUGGGCCCUCACCCACGGCAGUACGCAGGCCAUCGCCGCCUGGGAAAUCCUGCCGAACCUCUACCUCCUCGUGCUCGUCAUCGGCUUCAUCGCCCCCGUACCCUUUAUAAGCCGCAAUGGACGCUCGCGCACGCUGGGAACGCUCAAGCGCAUCAGCACAGGCGGCAUUGCCGAGGCGCAAGACGGCAAAUUCGGCGACAUUCUGCUGGCGGAUGCGCUGACGAGCUACGCCAAAGUGCUAGGCGACCUGUUCGUCUCGCUGUGCAUGUUCUUCUCGUCAGGCCACAGUUCGACGGCGUCGCCCAACCGCAAUUGCGGCGGCACCUUCUGGGUCCCCUUCAUCAUUGCAGUGCCGUCGCUGAUCCGCCUGCGCCAAUGCAUCACCGAGUACUACCGCGUGAAGCGCGCCAACGAGCGAACCGGCCAAGUCAACCCGGCCACAGGCUGGGGCGGCACCCACCUAGCCAACGCCGCAAAGUACUCGACCGCCUUCCCCGUCAUCAUCCUCAGCGCACUACAGCGCACCCCGCACCCCGACAGCUUCGGCGUCUCGCAAACAACCUUAUACCGCAUGUGGCUGUUCGCCGUCGUCGUCAACUCGGCAUACUCAUUCUACUGGGACAUAGCCAAGGACUGGGACCUGACCCUCUUCUCCAGCGCCGCCAUGCGCAAUUCCCCCGAGUACCCCUGGGCCCUGCGCCGCCACCGCUGGUUCCACGCAAAGGAAUUCUACUACGCCGCCAUCGUCGUAGAUGCUUUGCUCAGAUGCACCUGGAGCCUCAAACUAAGCCCCCAUCUCGACCACUUCAACGACCUCGAGGGCGGCAUCUUCACCAUGGAGCUCCUCGAGGUCCUCAGACGCUGGAUCUGGAUCUUCUUUAGAGUAGAGACCGAGUGGGUUCGUAAUCAUAGAGGCCCUGCCCCUGAUGAUAUUCUACUCGGGGAUGUUGGCGCGGCGAAUACAUAUGAUGAUAGUGAUUAGACUUUGUUUU